GGUUCGUACCUGCAGGAAGUCCCUUGUUGCCUAUGUAUACGUUAGGGCGUUGAAUAAUAUUCCGUCCGAGGUAACUAAAACUAAGCAGGGUAAAUGCUGUCAAUGUCGCGGCUUUGUCGUGAUCAUUUUCAGAUAGAAACCCUACGGUCCUCGUCAAGAAAGACGAUAUCAGAGGCACGCGCAUGACGUAGCUAAGCAUUGACUUGAAUAAAGAAUACUUAAAGAAGAUAUCUGCAUUUUUUGGUCCUCUGUUUUCAAGGGGAAAACAGGCCAGAAAUGAUCAGAAAAAGGACGGAAACCUUGAUCUUCUAAGAAUGCGGGGUCUCACGUCGCCUCGCGCAGCAGCAAGGCGUGCAUUUGAUCGAAAGCGGCGCGCGAGGUGGUGCAAAGGGGUGCGCGGAUUGCUGUCUGCAGUUCGCCAAUAUUUUAACCAAUUGAGCGGCUGUUGCUUUAGAUGCCUACUGAGCUGUUUGUCUUCGAAGUGGAGAGUUAGAUUCCCGAGGACGGCUUUAUCAAAAUGGCCGAACGCGUCUUGGGUUUCGAUCCUGGGCUUCGUGGGUGUCCUGGUCUUAACGAGCACCUUUUUGGGCUGCCUCAUCUGGUGGAUGCUCAGCUUCUAUUCUCCAACUGCACGAGCAAGCUCGCCAUUCACGCCCGCGUCAAGCGGCGAAGCAAGCUCGUUUAUCGACUUGCGCAAAAGGCUAUCCCCCGAGCCUAGUUCUAAUUACGGAAAUGGAGCAGCUAUUUCCGGAGCGUUCAAGAAGUUGCUUUUUGGAAUCUACCACUUUUUCUCUCCCCUGUUUACGGAUCCAGUUGGCAGCCUAUCGAAUUUAGUGCGUCAAGCAUAUGACACAGGAGCAAUUCCGGUUCCGGAAGAGGUGCGCGAUCCGCAAACACCGAUCCGGGAUUUCCAGAGGUUGUAUAGCGACAUUGUGAAGCAGAUAUCUGACGACAUCGAUCAAGAUGAUAGAAGCAGCGCGGUCGGCAGCGACGAUGAGAUGUCGCGGUGGCCAAGCCCCUCUGAGAGGAAGGGCUUUCGGCUGCGGAUGCUCCUGGGUUGGGACGGGCGCGAUGGUCAAAUAGAGUUCCAAGCCUCAUUCAAGAACUUGUUGGAAGAUUCAUCAACGCUAGCUUUGGGUAGCAUGCAUGGCCAACAACAUCUAGAGGGAUUUAGAAACCCAUUUGUGUGGCGGGGUCGACCAAUAUACUCGCGCCUUUUGUCGUUGCGCCUCAGAAGUGAAGAGUAUUCACUUUCACUCCCAUGGAAGUUGCAGGAGCUAGCACAGCACGACCGGCGGGACGAUUCGCUCAAGUGGCGUUUCGCUGUCAGCCAAUUACCGCGAAUUUUCACUCCUAGUGUUUUGCAC